CUGCAGACAUGACCAGCGAGGAGAUGCUAAAACUGAUGUCACUCGCGGGCAUCCCACAGUGGAAGCAGUGGGAUGGAUCGGUUAGCAGGCACGUCCUCAGAAGACAAGCCGGCCUCACUCCCCUGGAACCGUUCAUCAGAUUCAUACAGUCGCGCCACCUGGCACACGUAAUGAGACUAUCAAGGAGCAGAAUCGAUAGGCAAGCACUAGUGGGAAGAUUUGUUUUUGAUAUUGAGGAGGGAUCAGACCACGGCAAGGAGGCGCAUUUAUUUCGCCCAAGAUAUGCUUCCGCGGUUGGACCAGCUGAACGGAAAGUGCCGGACAUCCUAAAGGACUUCCUCUAUCACAUGAAGAACAAAUGUGGCCUCAUACCAGGAAUGGUUAAGCAGCUCACAGAACCGCACGAAGACCUGGUAGCCCAGUAUGGAACUGAAGAGGGAAAGAAGCACUAUCUGACGAGGAAGGCCUUCAUGUACGCUGCUCAGAGAGAAGCAUACAUCGGCGACACUAUUGCGGAUUGGUGUCGAGAUGGUGAGUGCGACGGAACAGAAGAAGUAGCCUCGCGAUAUCUUUCAAUGCAGUUGAAACAUGGGAGACGGAGCACAUGGAAGAGAGAAGAAGAUCACUCGAAAUGGGAAAGAGCAGAAGCAUUAUAUGACACGCAAGGCCAUCUUGUCGACGUAAUAGGCGCAUCCGCACAAAGCUUUGACGCAGUCGAAAUCAACGGGGGUGAGCAGCUACUCCCACUUGCGGGCGGAACUCGCAUUGACCCUUUAACGGCAUCAUCAGGUGAGAUCCAGCUACUAUUCAGAAAUAUACAUCCGCAGUUCCUGGCCAACGCCCAGCCGGUAGCGCUAGUUGUUAAAUCGAAAGCGCCAUGUGUGAUCUAUAUGAUUAAGCUACAAGGACAAGAAACCAGGGAGGACAUAAAGAAAGCGGCAUUGAAGGGCGACCUUGCAAGAUCAAGCGGCUGGCACUCAUCCAGCAUAGCGAUAACCGACAACGAAGGCACGAGCAAGAGAGCCACACAGUGCUACCUAGCCCCAGACACGGAGAUGCGUCUCACGGUCGCAUCUGGAUUUUCGGUAGCGUUUGCCCGUGCGUUGACAGUUGAUCCGCUUGACAUCUAUCAAUCAAUGAGGCCCACAGCAGCAUGGGAGUGUCCGCUUUGUCGAUGGAAACCAGAAGGGGACUUUGACUGGUAUUGCCCCAGAACAGCACACAACCAGUUCCUCAAACAUGCAGACAAUCACCACGCAGACCUAGUCCCACCACACACAGCUCUCGAAAAGAGGAUGAGCGAGCUGGCAGUCGCUGAGCAGUCUAAGGAGCAAACUCGGAGGAAAAACCGCCUACUACGCAUCCUCGCUUCCGGGAUGAGAGUCGCGAGGAAAGCAGGCCCUAGAAGGAGAGCGAACCGAAAGCUAGUGGAAAAGUUAUACUGCAAACAUUGCAAGAUGGUGAUGACCACCUCUAUAGGCAGCAUGGAACAGCACAUCCUCGCCCACAAGAGAAGGGAUUUUAUAAUACUCGGUCGCAUUAAGAAGAGGCAGCUGGCUCAUUCAGGCCGAGCUGUGGGCGAUUUAAGAUUCGAGGUUCGACCGGAGCAGCAUACUUUUUGUAGGAGAACGCAGAGAAACGUCAUUGGAGGUGAUGCAAGGCUUUGGAAGAUAGUGGUCCCACCUGAGGCGUGGACCACAGCACAGCAAAAGAAAAUAAAAUGUCGCAAAUGUUACAAAUUCGAGUUGGACUUUGAUGAAAUGAAACAGACAAUGAGAUCAAAAGCAAAAAUGGUAUCCAUCAUGAGAAAGCACGAGUCCAAAUGCAAACACAGAAACGAAUGAAAGAAUAACAAGAACAUGAACAAAAUGACCCCAAGACAGUGAAAAAGGACAAUCCCACCCCCACCAAUCUUCCCCUGUGCACAAAGUUUAAAUUACCCCUCGAAUGGGUAAACUACUACUACUACUAAGAGGAGUCGUUCCUGUCUUUGAUAUAUCCCCGUAUAGUUUC